AUGAGGUGUAUGUCCGCCUUUGUUGGUAUAAAUCAUGCCAGUGCUAAAGUGGACUUUGACGACAACGUACAGUUGUCUCUCACACUGGCUGCACUCUCCAUUGGACUGUGGUGGACUUCCGAUAGAUCUCGAACUGGUUUUGGCCUUGGAGUAGGAAUUGCUUUCUUGGCAACCUUGGUCACUCAACUGCUAGUCUAUAAUGGUGUUUAUCAAUAUAAUAGAGGCCCGGUGAUUUCUCUAGAUUUUCUCUAUGUUUGCUCUUGGUUACCAUGUAUAUUUUUUGCUGGAGGCAUAACAAUGGGAAAUAUUGGUCGACAACUGGCAGUGUCUGAAUGUAGUGUAAUCGCAGAAAAAUCUCAUCAGGAAUGA